AUGGCGCCCACUGACCCCCAAUCACCGACCCCUCUCGCCAUAGUUGGCAUGUCAUGCCGCAUGCCCGGCUCCGUCGCCUCCCUCGAUGACUUCUGGGCGCUCCUCUCAAAUGCGCGCGACGGAUACAGAGAAUUUCCCUCCGAGCGUUUUAACUGGAAAGCCUUCUACCAUCCCUCCCAGACGCGGCGGGACGCCAUCAACGUCAAGGAUGGGUAUUUUCUGGAUGGCGAUGUGAGCGCCUUUGACGCCCCAUUUUUUCGCAUGAAUGCGACAGAUGCUACGAGUUUUGAUCCCCAAGGAAGAAUUGUACUCGAAUGCGUCUACGAAGCGCUCGAAAACGCUGGAAUCCCACGAGAAAAGAUUGCAGGUACCAAAGUGGGCGUGUUUUCAACGGCCAACACCUCAGAUUAUACCGUCGAACUCAAAGACAGCAUCAACAGCGUACCAGCGCAGAUUGGUGUCCUGGGCCAUAACUGCAUGAUGGCAAACGUUGUAUCCAACGUAUUCGAUCUCCACGGCCCCAGCGUCAGUGUAGACACGGCAUGCUCGUCUGCUUUUUACGCGCUCCAGCUCGCGGCUCAAAGUCUCCGAUCGGGCGAGACAGAGACGUGCAUUGUUUCGGGAUGUGCACUGAACCUCUCGCCGUGGCGCUGGAAUAUGUUGUCGAAUCUCACCAUGUUGAGUCCGGAUGGUAAGACGCAUGCGCUCGAUCCGAAUGCCGAAUCGGGAUACGCGCGUGGAGAGGGUGGUGCAUGUGUCAUUCUAAAGCCACUCGACUUGGCCCUUCGUGACAACGACAGAAUUCACUGCGUGUUGUCGCAUAUCGGCGUGAACCACAAUGGAAACACCAACGGGUACACCAUGCCGGAUGCAAACCAGCAAACACAGCUUAUGAAAGAGCUGCAGGCGCAAGUUGGAGCCCAGCCAGACGAAUUUGGCUUUGUGGAGGCCCAUGCCCCCGGCACAAGAGUGGGCGACCCGAUCGAGAUUUCAGCCAUUUCGAGAGCGUUCCCAGGUGAGGCGCGGACGGCGGAAGAGCCGCUGAUGGUUGGGUCGGUGAAAGCUAAUGUCGGACAUUUGGAGUCUUCGAGCGGUUUCCCGUCGCUCAUUAAGGCUGCCAUGAUGUUGAACAAGGGCUGCAUUGUACCCAAUCCCAACUUCAAAGAUGAAUCCAUGAACUCGGAAUUGCGCAAAUUGAACAUGGCGGUGCCAUUGUCCACGCAGCCUUGGCCCAAGGACAGGCCCUAUGCCGCCAUCAACAACUACGGAUUUGGAGGAUCCAAUGCCCACUGUAUCGUCAAGAUGGCGCCAAAGCCGGACGUGCCAUCAGCCCAGAAUGGCGGCACAAGUGCCGAAGAGGCUUUUCUGUUCGUCUUGUCAGCCAACGAUGAGGAAGCCCUAUCAAAGACUCGGGAGCGGCUGGUGGAAUUCCUUGAGUCGGACGAGGCAGCCGCAACCGAAAUGAAAGACCUUGCUUACACGCUGGGUCAGCGCCGGUCCCAACUGAGUUGGCGUUCAGCAGUGGUUGCCACCGAAGUGGAUGAUCUUGCCAUCAAGGCUGCCUCCCCUAAGGUUGUACAGCAGCGAGUCCUUCAUCCACCCAAGAUUGCAUUUGCCUUUACAGGACAGGGAGCUCAAAGUUUCGGUAUGGGUCGUGAGCUACUCCAGUACCCAGCUUUUGCUACCUCUUUGGACCAGGCUGCCGCUUGUGUCGAAUCCUUUGGCGCUAGCUUCUCUUUGAAGGAGGAGCUCUAUGCAUCAGAGGCGACAUCCCGUAUCAAUGACGCCGACGUCAGCCAGGUGGCCUCCACCGCCAUCCAGGUAGCUCUCGUGGACCUUUUACGUAGCUGGGGCGUUGAGCCAACUGCAGUAGUAGGGCAUUCGAGCGGUGAAGUGGCUGCUGCGUACGCGGCUGGAAUUGUUUCGCUCCCGGGCGCUAUGCGUAUUGCCUAUGCUCGCGGCCAAAUGGCUACUCGAAUUAGACAAGUGGAUCCAGACUUCAAAGGUGGGAUGAUGGCAGUAAGCGCAGGACUGGAUGAUGUUCUGCCGCUGCUGGACAUUGUCACUGCUGGAACAGUCGUCGUUGCCUGCGAGAAUUCGCACAAGUCGACCACCGUCUCUGGUGAGGAAGCGGCCUUGGAUGAGUUGGAAGAAUUGCUGGAGGAGGAUGGAAUUCCCCACCGACGGCUGGCCGUAGACUUUCCCUACCACUCACCGUUCCUGGAGCCGUUUGUCGACCAAUAUGAGCAAGAAGUCUGCACUACUAAUGAUACUGUUACCCCGUCCACAAGAAAAGUCGAGUUCUUCUCGGCCAUGGCAGGGCGAAGGGUCGAAGCAGCGGCAGUAAAGAAGCCAUCUUACUGGGCUAGCAGUGCUAAGUACCGAGUCCGCUUCACAUCUGCAUUGACGGCGCUCGUGAAGAGCAAGGUUGCACCCGAUGUGAUUAUUGAGGUUGGCCCCACCCCUACACUGACAUGGGCCAUCAAGAGCAUCAUGAAGGUUGUAGGGAAGCAGGUGCCCCACGCGGUCGAGACGCUCCCAUGUCUCCAGCGUGGAGAAAAUUCACGCCUAUCAAUUCUCAAGCUUGCGGGUUCGCUCUAUACCUUGGGCCAUGCUCUUGACCUGCAAAAGGUCAAUCUUACCAAUGACGAGGGUCACGGCUUGCGACCUAAGCUCGUUGACGGCCUCAAGCCAUACCCAUGGACGCGUAAGCGCUACUGGAUCGAGUCCAAGAUACGGGACGAUGCCCUGCAACGGAAGUUUCCACGCCACGAUCUGCUAGGCUACAUCAACACGCGCUCGAGCGACGGCGAAAUGUCAUGGACGAACAACUUUGAAUUAGAGGACAUGCCAUGGUUGCGCGAUCACCAAGUGGGAUCGUCAGUGACGUUCCCUUUGGCUGGCUAUAUAUGCACUGCUUUGGAGGCUAGCAAACAGUGCGCCAUGGCACGCACGAAUAGCGAUGGGAAUGGCCUGCAGUUCACGGUGCGAGAUGUUCAAGUAGUCGAGAAAGUCGUGUUAGAGGAGGGAGUGCGUGUGGAGCUGAUCAGCAAGCUACGCCCGCACCCAAACAGCGACUUUGACGUAUUUGAGCUGUCUACGUGGAAUGAAGAGAAGCAAAGGUGGAGCCAUCAUUGCCGCGCGCUGGUGAAGUGUCAUGGGACGGCCGAGAAGUUCUUUGAUAGCGACAGCGCUGUCGAGAUUGAGCACUGGGAGCAAGUUCGUGAAGGAUGCCACAACCACGUUGGCAGCCCUCUGCUGUAUCAAGGAUCAGCCAAGACAGGACCGCGGCGAACUGGCACUUUCCGCAAUGUACAAAACUUUUCGUACGGCGGAGGCCAGGCAGCAGCAGAAGUGGUGGUAGCGGAUACAGCGUCGGUGAUGCCACACCAGUGGGAGACGACAUAUGUUAUGCACCCCACCACCAUGGAUGGACUGUUGCAGUGUGGAGAAUACAUCCCAUUCGUGGACAAGGAUGUAGCACCCAUGGGCAGUAACAGCAACGUGUGGGUGCCCCAAGCCGUCCAAGAGAUACUGGUUGGAUGUGGAGACGUACAUAGUCCAGGACAAGUGCUGCAAGCCGUAUCACGCAGUGAUGCCGCGAGAUCGAAACGAGGGGGUGAAUAUAGCGUAUCGGCGACAGUAAGAGGGGGCGCAGCUGGGGCACGUGUUGAGGUGCGCGGGUUGUCGCUGAGCGUGGAUGAGAGCAUUGGAGUGCAGUGGCCAGCACCACACUUUGGCUGCUACAAGAUAGAGUGGCAGCCGGCUGGGGAGAUGGCGAACUAUGUCAAUACCGAGUCCAAGUGGCAUAUUCUGCAGGGCAGUGGAGAUGAGGAAGACAUUGCGGGAGCGAUUGCCAAGCAGAUUGGGGGUAAGGUGGUGACCCUUGGCCAGGGGCUGCCCGAAGACGUCAAGCUGUGCAUUGUGGUGGAUGUGGGCGAGGGAUUGCUGGGUGCUAUCGACGGCGAGACAUUUGACCAUGUCAAGCAGACCCUCACGACGUGCGAGGGUGUCUUGUGGGUGACAAAAGGUGCCCUGUACCACGCAACGCAGCCCACGGCGGGUAUGGCUGUAGGGCUCCUUCGCACGAUUCGCAGCGAGAUGCAGGCCGCCGUUGGCUCUCUCGACCUUGAUGGUCGGGUAGUGGGAGAUGUGGAAGGCCAGGCAAAGCUGGUGGCGCGUGUGGCAGCACAUGUGGCCAUGCCCACGUCCAUGUCCGCAACCACCAUGGACCUGGAGUUUAGUGCUGAGGGGACCUCACAGCUGCUGGUGCCACGCAUUGUGCACGACAAUGCCCUGAAUUCGGCCGUGCAUGCGGCAACAGGUGUCGUGGGACCGCGCGACGAGCCGUUUGAACCGUCAACGCGAGGCGCAUUUGGCUUGCAACGGCCAGGCAUGCCCUCGUCGCUUUACCUCCAGCGCAUCGACGAGCCGCCAACGCUCGCCCCCAAUGAGGUUGAGGUUCGAGUGGCGUCGGCUCGGAUCGGGCCGGAAUGUGGCGCCGCCGCGGAGCAACUGACGGGCCGAGAGUUCAGUGGAACGGUGGUGAGGUGUGGCGCAGACGUCAACCGCGUCCAACCUGGAGAUCGUGUCUUUGGCCUCAGCAACGCCUAUGGCGCCUUUGGCACGUUUGCAUGUGCUCCCGAGACGAGCCUCGCCCGUGUGCCAGCUUCGCUGCCCUUCGACGAGGCGGCCACACUGCCACUGUUCGCCGCUGCUCAGUUGGCCCUUGUCGACAUAGGCCGCCUCCGCUCCGGUCAACAGGUAGCCAUCGUCGACUCAGACUCAGCUCUAGGACAGGCCGCUGUGCUUGUUGCUAAGGCUGUUGGCGCUAUCGUCCAUGUUGGUAGCAUUCAUGACCUUCCUCGCGCUACAAUCGACGUGCUGCUCUACCCCAUUCCCAAGACCACUUUCGACUCUGCCGCCAUAUCACGUGCCCUGGCUCCUAUGGCAUGUCUAGUGUAUAUGGGAGGAGAGCUGCGAUCGACCCAAGACCAUGCUCUCCCUCAUCUUCCUGCUGGCUGCAGUUUCGCUGUUGCGUCACUGACUGCUGUCGCUGAUGGCUUGCCGACCCAGACGGCCAAACUGCUCGACACCGUCGUAGAUCUCUUCACCUGUGAGCUACUUCAAGGCCCCUUGCCCGUCGACACUGUUCGAUUAGAGCAGCUGCCCAUGCUUUUGCCCCAGGUAGCUGAUACGGACCCUGUCCCUAAGGUGCUGCUGCCCAUCAAGGACGAGAUCAUCAAGGCAACCCCUCCUCCUCCUGCUCCUGCGAGUUUCGAUCCCGAAGCCGUCUACCUUCUCGUCGGUGGAGGCGGUGGUCUCGGCCGUGAGAUCGCAAAAUGGCUCGCAUUCAACGGUGCCAGGAAGAUCGGUCUGCUGUCCCGCAGCACAACCAUGAGCCCUCAAGUUUGCACUAUGGCUGACCAAGUGGCUGCUUCCGCCGGUGCUGAAGUCUUCUUGCUGCCUUGUGAUGUUACUGACCAACAACAAUUGCAGCGUGUGCUCCAAGAUUGUACAGCUAAUCGAGGUCCAAUCAAAGGUGUCAUCAACGCCGCCAUGGUAUUCAAGGGUGGUGUCUUCACCUCUGUAUCCCAUGACGACUUCACCGCUGUCAUCCAACCCAAAGUCCUUGGCACUUGGAAUUUGCAUUAUGCCCUCAGCAAUGCCUCCUUGGACUUCUUUGUUGUUAUUUCAUCUGUUGCCGGUGUUAUGGGCACCCCCGGCCACUCUGCCUACGCCGCUGCCAACACCUUCCUCGAUUCAUUCGUCAAGUACCGCAACCUUCAGCAGCUGCCUGCGACCUCGCUGGCACUGACAGCCGUCGUCGACGCAGGUUACAUGGCCGAAAAUGCCGCCAAACUGCAAAAGCUCAAAUAUGUCGACGCCUACGAAGGCGAGAUUCUAAUGACCUCUGACGUACUCGCGCUACUCUCCGCUGCCGUCACCAAUCUCACCGGACCCUCGUGUGACAACUUUUGCAUCACCGGCGCUGGCUUUGGCGAUGCUCGGAGACUCCCUUUUUACGCUGCAGACCCCCGCUUUGCCACGCUCGUUGCUCGCCAUGCCGAGGAGCGAAAGCUCAAUCCACCUGCUGCCUCGUCUCCCAGCGGAGGUACCUCUUCGCUUGCCCACAGCCUUGACCAUGCCGCCAAUAGCGCCGAGGCUACGUCUCUUUUGUUGACUGCCGUGCGCGCAAAAGUGGCUGACCUACAGCUUAUUCCUGUCGCCGACAUCAGCGCGAACCAGACUAUUGUCGAAUUGGGUCUGGAUAGUCUUACGGCCAUGGAGCUGUAUAGUUGGAUUGGCAAGGUCUUUCGUAUCAAGUUUCGUGUGCAGGAGUAUGCCAAGUUGGAUACGCUUGAGAAAAUUACCGAGGCUGUGCUGAAGAAGAGGGAGGUAGAGGUUGUGGAGGCGCCGUAA